CCCGAGCGCGGCUCGUUUCCCCUCGAUCACGAUGGCGAAUGCAAACGCCAAAUGAUGCGCUACCUCCGAUGCAUAAAGUCACACCGCGGUACGAAUGACGACGAGUGCCGGCUGCUGUCACGGGAAUAUUUGGAGUGUCGGAUGGAAAGCAGGAAUCUAAUGGCACCGGACACGUCGGAUAAUUUGGGAUUCGCAGAC